GCGGAGGAGGCGACGCUGGUUGUUCUGCAUGGUACAAAUUUUUUGAAGGUUGUUUACCUGGCGUGAUAACUUUUUCCUGGCACUAUGUGUUGCAGAAGCAUUUUGUGGUUCAUCUGCAUUUUUGUGGCGAUAGUCACAGAUUCCAGCCACAGUAGCCUGGCCUCUAAUACAGGCUCUGAUUCUGAAGUCGCAGCGUAUAGUUUAAAAACGGACAAUGGAGUGGAACCAGUUCAGAGGGAUAAGGAGACCGCAGCUGUGGACCUGGCCGCCCUUCUGGACGCCGGGGACAGAGCCGUGGUGACGCUGGUGGCGGGCGACACACGUCUGGUGGCGCACAGGGCCGUCCUGGCUGCCAGGAGCACCGUGCUCGCCGCCAUGUUGCGGAACACCACGCUGGAGGCCAGCAGCGGCCACAUUGCCAUCUCGGGCGUGGAGGGUCCAGUGCUACGCCAGCUGCUGGCCUACAUGUACACACUCCGGGUCCCCCAAGCGCACAGCAUGGCGCCACAGCUGCUGGCCGCUGCUGACAGAUACGGACUGUCCGCCUUGAAGGCGGAGUGUGAGCAGCUGGUGGCCGCACAGGUGUCUGGGGGGCCCGCAGCGGCCGCAGCUGUGCUCCAAGUCAGGCGCUCCUCUGACAGCCUCAGGCAGGCCGUGGUUGACUUCGUAAAGGCUCACCUGCUCCACGUGGUGGGAGGGACUCUGCACAGCCAGCGUGAAGAUCGGGCGGAAGUGAGCCGCCUGCUGUCUGUUCCAUCAGCAAAAACCAGCUCGCCAGCCACUGCCGACAGCUGGACGACCCCCACCGCUCAGCCGCUCAGCGACCACAGCUGGAGUCCCGACGCAGCCGCACCGACCACGCCUACCCACCACACUCCCCCACCUGACAGUGUUGACAUCGCUCUCCUGCGGACAUUAUCUGAAGAGGAGAAGGGCAGGAGGCUGAUCCAGGCAUCUAUUCAGGGCUCAGUGGAAGAGCUGCAGGCACUGCUGGCGGCUGGAGUGAACUUGGGGGCGAGGGACAUGAACGAGUGGACCCCCCUGCAUUGGGCAGGUAUCAAGGGAUACGAGGAGAUGGCGAGGCGCCUGCUGGCGGCAGGUGCGGAUGUGGGGGCGAGGGACAAGUUCCAGCAGACGCCGCUGCACUUGGCUGCGUGGGGCGGCAGCGCGGCUGUCGUCAGGCUGCUGGCGGCGUCCUCCGCCGACCCCGACGCCAGGGAUGUGGACGGGUGGACGCCGUUGCACUCUGCAGCGUUCAAUGACGAGACGGAAGCGGCUACGGCGCUGCUGGAGGCAGGGGCCGACAUGGGGGCCGUAGAUAACAAUGGGAACACCCCACUGGACAUCGCCAGACAGUACAACAAGCAGCACGUGAUAGACGUGCUGUGAUAAACCUGAGAGUCCCACACAUGUCUGUGGACUAAAAUAAAUAAACAUUUUUAGCAGUACUUUUCGUUGUUUGUAGAAUAAAGCCUACAAAA